AUGCCUCUGGAGUGUGGAGAGGAUAUUUUUGUAUACGCCGUCAGACAGGUGCUAUCAAUCAUAAAGGCACCAUAUAACAAGGAAAAGAUCGGAUUUGCUUUGGGGAUUCUUGCGAAUAUAUCUCGAAAGCAUUCUGUGAUUCACAAGGCACUUCAAAAUCGGGGUGAUUUUGAUUUGCUGCGGAAGUUGCUUCUUCGCAUAAUGAAUGACGAGUCUUCUACGCAAAUGGAAUCUGUCCUUUCCAUGACUGUCAUUUUUCACCUAUGGGGAAUCAGGGAUAAAUUUUUUAACAGUCAGAAUGUUCAUGCUUCACUUCAAGUCCUUUUUAACAUUUUCCUAAAUGGUGAUGCUUCGCUGGAAAGCUUAUAUGCCGGUGAUACUCUGAUCGACUUCUGCGGCAAUUCCUCCUCCGCCUUGAUUUAUUCUUCUGCAGAAAAUAGUGCUAUCUUUUCUGGCAUUAGCAAUCACCUUAUGCAACCUGUUGAUCAUCUUCUCUCUGCUUCUGUGGCUGCCUUCCUUUCCGAUAUUGAGUCAUCGUACUCAAAAAGCGCUUCUGAUGCUGAUUACAACAAAACACUGUUUCGACUUCUCACUCUUGUUACCCAAGCUCUCACAGUUCGUCUCGAGAAUGCGGGCUCUGUCGAGGCGAUCUAUAGGCAGCGCGUAAUCAUGCACUGCGCAUCUCUGAUAGUUCGGAAAACCUCAGAGGUUUGCUGCUCGUUCGACUCCGCGUCAGUUGAUAUAUCUGCUGGUCUUGUUGCUCAUAUAGGGUAUAUCGCUCGUUCUCUAGCUCUUCAAAACCUCAAAAACAACACUCUACUGUCCAUUAUAAACUCGGCAAACAGUGGAGAUGCUGAAAUCGCAAAUAACCGCGAAAUGAUAGCUACAAUUUUAGCUGCUGUGGAUGCGUUGGAUCUCCUCCUGACUUGCACCGACUUCCUCUCUGUUGCCUCACCCGUCUCGACUUCGGAGAAGUCGCAGGAUAACAUGGACCCCGAUGAGACGCGAAUCGAGUGCACAUCGCAGAUGGCAGAUCUGCGUCUAACUGAAGAAGGGGAAGACGAGGGAAUUUGUGGUGAAGGGGGCUCUGUGAUGGAUCACUUACGGCGCUGUGGCGAUGCUUUGCAGCGUGCUCUGGAAGCACCAUACCUUGCACCCAUUCUGGCAAUUGUUUUUGCUGUCGGUAGCAACGAUUGUAGGUGUGAGGGAGCCUUCUCAUCCCGAUGCGUCGUUCUUCGUCUCAUGAGAAUCGCACUCAGUCUGCAGGAUUUCUCAGUUCCUUCAUUUCUAUCCACUCUAAAUAGUCUCAUACCGCCGGGGUGUAAGUCGAUUGAGGACUACGUAACGUCACGGCUCUUACUCGCCACGAAAGCAGAGGACUCUGAACCCUCCUGUCACGCGACUUUCAUAUCUGGGUGGCUAGCUGCUACCCAGCCGCAAUUUCGUACCACUCAGCGGACCGAAAUUAUCUGCCCUUCUGGCAGCUCUCGCCCCUACAAUGAAGCCACACUGGACAAGCUUUGUGCUGCGCUGGAUAAUACCUCUCUGUCAUUUGCGAACAUUGCCGGCUCAGAGGCCAUGGCAAUUUGUCAGCGAAGGAUCGAGGUUCUACGGUCGCGUGAAGCGGUGUUAGAAGCAGAGGUGUCGGCGAAACGUGAGGCGCUGCGUGUGUCAGACACUGUGGCAGAACACUUUCGGUCGCGCGCCGUUACCGCCGAAACGGAGGUUGAGCGGUUAUUGCGCCUCCAAACCAUCGCUCUUGCCAGCGUCGAGUCCCAUCGAGCCUCUCUGGAGGAACAACGGGAAAGAAUAUCUCAGCUUGAAAUCGAGAAUGGUCGUCUCUCCUCUGAGUUGACCUCUAAGCAAAAGGAAUAUGAGAGUUUGCAGUCGGCCAAGGAGAGCCUACAGAACAGGCUAACGAGCAUGCGUGAACAGAACAAAACCAUGGAUGCGACCAUCGACAACUUUAGGAAGCAGUUGGAUGAGGCCAAGCAAAUCAUUCAGCAGAAGGAUGACGAGGUAUCCUCUUCUUCUCAACCAUGA